UUGAUCAAGGCGGGAAGGGCAAGCGGCAGGGCAGCGCGGGAGUGGGCAUCGAUCGAUCGGUCCAUCCAUUUGUUGGGGAUGAGUUACGCCGCGGAGAUCGAGAGCUCGGUGGUCAGGCCGAAGCUAAACUUGCAGCCCAGGAGCUCCGUGGCGGAUCUUGCUGGGAUGGGAGCGAAAUACGCCAACAAGCCCAGCCCGUUUGGAGCUGCUCGUCCAAGGGAACAAGUCCUAGCGGAGCGCGAAGGAAAGAAGGAGGAGGACGUUUUCAAGGAGCAAGCACAAAAGGAAUGGAAAGGCAGCAUCAUACUAACUGAACCGCAACGCGAGGAGAAAAGAGCGGCCGAAGCCGAGCUUGCUUCUGCUCGCCGGGAGCUGGAAGCCGAGGUUGAUCCGGUCAAGCUCAAGACUCUCAAGGAGGACGUGAUCAUCAAGCAACGGAAGCUCGAGGGUCUACUCAACUCAUUCGAGAGACUCGCCGUUCAGACUGCUCAGUCCGGAGGCAUCCGACGCUCGUACGACAAGAAGCAGCGCGGCGAUCUCGUGUUCGCGGAGCAACCUCAAGACGGAUGCAUCAGCUUCUCCUCCAGAGUCCGGCUAGGGUCAUCGAACUACGAGAGCUGGAGCGGCGGCUAUAGGGGACGAGCGAAUCUAACCCAGUGCUUUACCUGUGGCGAGAUCGGCCACUUCUCUCGUGACUGCCGAAACAGCAACUACGCGAGAGGCCGUCCGUGUUUCACUUGCGGCCAAGAGGGCCAUUACUCCCGUGAGUGCCCGCUCCUUCUCACUGGCUCUUACGGAAUGGCCGGCUAUGGCUUCCCAGAAUUUAUCCACAGCGGCUACGAUCAGAGCGGCAGCAAAGCGAGCCUCCGAGGCUACAACCCGGGAGCAACGUAUUGACUAAUCCAUCAUCCAUCACAGCUUUACGACUUGGGAAAGAAGAAACACGCUACGCUUGCGAUGCUACUUUUCUACUACCACUUCAACUUUGUACUGAUGCAUUUUGUUAAAAUGGUCUCUGGCCAUUGUUUCCA